GAAGUCUCCUGGAGCGCCACGGCCUCGACCUGCGCAGGAUGGACCCCGUUGUUCUCAGUUACAUGGACAGUUUGCUGAGGCAGUCAGACAUCGCUUUGCUGGAACCCCCAAACUGGCUUAAUGAUCACAUCAUCGGCUUUGCCUUCGAAUAUUUCGCCAACCACCAGUUCCAAGAAUUUAGCGACCAGGUUUGUUUUAUCAGCCCCGAAGUGGCUCAGUUCAUUAAAUGUGCCCUUAGCCAGGAAGAAUUAGCCAUAUUCCUCCAACCGCUGGACCUGCUCCACAAGAAGCUGGUGUUCUUGCCUAUCAAUGAUAACUCCAACCAGGUUGCCGGAGGCACCCACUGGAGCUUACUGGUUUAUUUCAGGGACAAAAAAUGCUUUGCCCAUUACGAUUCCCACAGUAGAUGCAACUCAGCCCAUGCCAAGCAAGCGGCGGGGAAAUUGGAGGCUUUCUUGGGGAAAAAAGGGGGCAAAGCGACUUUUGUGGAGGAGAAGACGCCUACCCAGCAGAACAGCUACGACUGCGGGAUGUACGUCAUCUGCAAUGCCGAGGCUCUGUGUCAGGGCUACUUCAGGGGCCGGCCGGAGCCUUUGCUGCAGCUCCUCACCCCCUCCUACAUCACGCAGAAAAGAUCGGAGUGGAAAGCUCUCAUCACAAAACUGGCACAGAAAUGA